CAUGGCCCUGCAGAGCGUCUGGGACUUUAUCCGAGCACAAGAGGCAUACAUGCGGUCGCCUUUUUUCCCUGUGCUGUUUUCCCUCACCGUCUACCUGAGCUUCUGUCUGCCUUUCGUGGUGCUGGACCUCCUUUCUUCCAGAGUGGAACUGGUGAGGAAAUACAGAAUACAGCAGAAGAGUCAUGUUACCUGGAGCAUGCUGUGGAACUGCCUGGCGCAGUCCCUCUACAACCACGUUGUGUAUAUUUUCCCUCUGACGGUGCUGCACUGGUACUGGAGGCCUGUCAGCUACCCUGCUCAGGCUCCGGGGCUCUUCCAACUGGUAUGGGACAUUGCCGCCUGCCUCCUGCUCUUCGACUUCCAGUAUUUUAUCUGGCACCUGCUGCACCACAAGGUGCCCUGGCUGUACCAGACCUUCCACAAGGUCCACCACAAGUACACGUCCACGUUCGCCCUGACCACCGAGUACUCAGGAGCCUGGGAGACGCUGUCCCUGGGCUUCUUCGCCGCGGUAAACCCCAUGCUACUGGGCUGCCAUCCCAUGACGGAGAUGCUCUUCUUCAUUGUGAACAUCUGGCUGUCCGUGGAGGACCACUCGGGCUACGACUUCCCCUGGUCUACCCACAGGCUGGUACCCUUUGGACUGUUUGGAGGUGCGCCGCAUCAUGACCUACACCACCUGAAGUUCAAGACCAACUACGCCCCCUACUUCACCCAUUGGGACAGGCUGUUUGGCACACUGCACUCCGAGUGAGCAGCAGCGCCGAGGCAAAUCGGGACUGUGAUAUGAAGGUUAUAGCAAUGAACUGCAUGUUAUAGCA